GACCACUCCGAGCCCAGCGGUGGCCAACCACAAUGCCACCUGCAAGGGAAACUCAAAGUGCAACCCUGGGAUCAUCCUGCCCAUCUGGUACCCGGAGGACCCCUCCAUGGGGGACAAGAUUGCGCGGGUCAUCGUCUACUUUGUGGCCAUGAUCUACAUGUUCCUCGGCGUGUCUAUCAUCGCCGACCGCUUCAUGGCGGCCAUUGAGGUCAUUACCUCCCAGGAGAAAGAGAUUGUCAUCAAGAGGCCCAAUGGGGAGACGACCACCACCACCAUCCGGGUGUGGAACGAGACGGUGUCCAACCUCACCCUGAUGGCCCUGGGCUCCUCCGCCCCCGAGAUCAUGCUCUCCGUCAUCGAGGUGUGCGGACACGGCUUCGAGGCCGGCCAGCUGGGCCCGGCCACCAUCGUGGGAAGCGCCGCCUUCAACAUGUUCGUCAUCAUCGGCCUGUGUGUGUCCGUCAUCCCCGAAGGGGAGACGCGUAAGAUCAAGCACCUGCGGGUGUUCUUCGUCACGGCGGGCUGGAGCAUCUUCGCCUACAUCUGGCUCUACAUGAUCCUGGCCGUGUUCUCGCCCAACGUGGUGCAGAUCUGGGAGGGCCUGGUCACGCUCUCCUUCUUCCCCAUCUGCGUGGUCCUGGCCUGGGUGGCCGACCGCCGGCUGCUGUUCUACAAGUUCAUGCGCAAGAAGUACCGCGCGGACAAGCACAGAGGCGUCAUCAUCGAGACGGAGGGCGACCGCUCCAAGGGCAUCGAAAUGGACGGCAAGAUGGCCAACUCGCAUUUCGCCGACGGCGGCGCCACCAGCAACCUGAUGGGCCUGAUCGAGGGCAAGGAGGUGGACGAGUCCCGCCGCGACAUGAUCCGCAUCCUCAAGGACCUGAAGCAGAAGCACCCGGAGAAGGAGCUGGACCAGCUGGUGGAGAUGGCCAACUACUACGCCCUGUCCCACCAGCAGAAGAGCCGGGCCUUCUACCGCAUCCAGGCCACGCGCAUGAUGACGGGCGCCGGCAACAUCCUGAAGAAGCACGUGGCGGAGCAGGCCAAGAGGAGCGCCAGCGUCCUGGAGGUCCACGUGGAGGAGCCCGAGGAGUACGUGUCCCGCAUCGCCUUCGACCCCGCCGUCUACCAGUGCCUGGAGAACUGUGGGGCCGCCCUGCUGACCCUGGUCAGGAAGGGGGGGGACAUCUCCAAGACCAUCUACGUGGACUACAAGACAGAGGACGGCUCGGCCAACGCGGGGGCGGACUACGAGUUCACCGAGGGCACGGUGGUGUUCAAAGCGGGCGAGGUGGUGAAGGACAUCAGUGUCGGCAUCAUCGACGACGACAUCUUCGAGGAGGACGAGCACUUCUUCGUGCGCCUCAGCAACGUGCGAGUCCUGGAGGCGGAGGACGAGCUGCUGUCCCCCAACAGCCUCCCGUACCCCCGGGCCAUGCUGGGGUGUUCCCCCGUGGCCACCGUCACCAUCCUGGACGACGACCACGCCGGCAUCUUCACCUUCGAGAGCGACUCGGCGCACGUGAGCGAGAGCGUGGGCGUCAUGGAGGUGAAGGUGCUGAGGACUUCCGGGGCGCGCGGGACCGUCAUCGUGCCCUUCCGCUCGGUGGAAGGACUGGCCAAGGGAGGAGGGGAGGACUUCGAAGACAUCUACGGAGAGCUGGAGUUCAAAAACGAUGAGACCUGGUAA